AUGGUGAAGAAGAAGAUCCCCAGCGCCGCCGCCAGCUCGACGAGCAGAGGCGUCGCCGCCAAACCUUCUUCGAUCCUUUUAAAAAAAGGCGCCCCGAGCGCUCCUCCCCCAGCUCCGGUGCCGCCGGCGCCACCGAGCUCAGCAGCGAGGCCCGCUGCGGAAGAGACCAGGGCUCCACCUACAAAGAGGUCAAUCGGCGGUUUUGCCGAUGAAGAUGAUCUCCUUGACAUUGAUGAUGAUUUUAUUGAGCCUCCACCCAAGAGGGUCAGACCUGAUGCUGGCUCGCCAACCGCCGCAGCUUCCGAAGCUUCGGCUCCCAAGACGGCUCCUACGGCGCAAGCAUCGACUGCCUCCUCCCUUUCUAAAGGAAAAGAUGCUCCUGCUGCUGCCGCAGCUCCUCCUUCUGAUCUACGAGGUGUAAUAUCCUCUUUAGAGGCUUUCACCUCUCAAUUCACCUCCCUGGAGGCAGACAAAAUUCGGCUGCAAGAGGAGGCUAAGUCUUCCUCUUCAAAGCUGGAUGGCGCCAUCAAAAAGGCCGCCAUAGCCCGCCAGGAGGUCGACUCCCUGAAAGAAGAGCUGAACAAGCUGAAGGAAAGAUUACCAUUUUCUAUGGAUCUUGUUUCUUUGUCAACGAUUUCCUUUAAUCUCUUUGCAGAGGCCGCCAGCAUCCCUGCUACUGCCUUGGACAAAGUUCCAGGCAACUCCCCGGCAAAUGGUGUGUCAAUGGUUCUUGCCACCCACCAGCUUUCCUGGGAGCUGCUUGACAAGGGAAAGGGUGCUCUGGUUUUCCCGGUGUCCUCGUUUGUUGAUGACUCUUCGGGCGUUCUUCCCGAAGGUGAUCGGGUCCAACGAAUGAAGGAUCGGAUCACACAGAUGGAGAAGGACCUGCCCAGCACUUACGCCUUGGCGGCAAUUGUCAACAAGAAGGGCGAGAUUGCAGCCGACGUAGAGCGGUAUGCUCUUACUGAGUUGCAUAAGGCUACCGAGAGCUUGAACUAUGAGUCCUUUGAUCUCUGCGCCCUUUGA